CUAAAAAGCUUCUAUGUAUAAAGUGUAAACACAUGCAAGUAGGCUCAUAAUAUCAAACUAUCACAAUUAGCAAUCACUGCUUAGAAACAACCACUCCCUCCUCUGUCGCCGGUGAUUCACCGACGAUGGAUGAGUCAUGGCGAAUGAGGAUCGGAAUGCCCACUCCUCCUUCGCCCCCGCCCAUACUCCAGCGACCAAUCCACCACCUCCACCGGCCCGUCGCCUCCCUCCGCCGGGAAUCCACCGGCGACGCAGAAGACUUCAGCGACGUCUUCGGCGGGCCACCUCGAACGAUCCUCUCCCACCAAUUCUCCUCCGGCUUCCCGCGAUCUUCAUCCUCCUCCUCAACGGGCUACUGCUACGAGGAGAUUUUCCCGCCACCGGAGAAAGCGGGGCCGCCUCCUCCGGGGCGGAGCUUGCCGGAGUUCAGGAUCCCGAGCCGUCAUCACAAACGGGAAGAAAACGGUUUUUACAGAGAUAUUUUCGGGUGGGAUGAUGAGAGAGUGGUGAGGUCGAGAUCGAGGUCGAAAGCAAGCUCGUCGUCUGUGCUUAGCUCGGAGGAGCUCAGCCCUCUCCGGCCGUCCUUCUCCGUCGACGGCGGCGGCGACGACGUUUACUCUUUCGCUUCGAAACUCGGGCCAAUUAAUGUGAGGACUAGGUGGAAUUCAACAAGCCUAGGGCAUGAAGAUCAAAACAUGAUGCCGCCAUUUUCAAGCAGCCAUGGCUCAGACAGUCUGAGGAGCUAUAGUUUGGGAUUCGGUCGAAGAAACGCCUCUCUGGAGACGAUCAGCCUCGAUCCGGUCUUAAACAGAGUGUCUGCAGAUGACAUGGAGCUCAACAACUCACCAUCAUCUGCAGUUUCCUCAGUCUGUCACUCCUCGUUAGGGCGUGAUGAGGUCGAUGUUUUGAGGGCGGACGAGGUGGAGGAGGAGGAAGAGGAAGAGGAUGAGGUUAUGAGCUCGUAUGUGAUUGAGAUCAGUUCCGAGAACAGGGAAGGGACUUGUGAAUCCAACGGUGUGGAUGAAGCCAUAGCGUGGGCGAAGGAGAAGUCACAAACACAUUAUUCGGAGUGUGAGGCAGAGAAAACCACACAUGAUGUGUUGAAUGGACAUCAAGCUUCCGAGGGACAUACAGACAGUUUCGGAUCAUUGGAUAAGCAGCAGGUGAGAUGGGAAAUAGUAGAAGAGGAACAGCAACUUGAACACAUGGAUAAGCAACAGGUCAAGUGGGAAAUAGUAGAAGAGGAAGAGCAACUUGAAUACAUGGUACAGACAGAAACGGAUGUUCUGGAAGAGAAGAUCAGGUUAUGGUCAGGUGGCAAGGAAGCUGACAUUCGACUGCUGCUUUCUUCCUUGCAUCAUAUCUUGUGGCCUAACAGUGGGUGGUCACCGGUGCCAUUGGCAAAUAUAAUCGAAGCCACUCAAGUGAAGAAAACGUAUCAGAGGGCGCGGCUGUGCCUGCACCCAGACAAGCUCCAACAAAGGGGCGCAAUGCCCCAACAGAAGUACGUUGCUGAUAAAGCCUUCUCGAUUCUUCAGGAUGCUUGGGCUGCAUUCAUCUCUCUGGAUGUGUUCUAAACAAUGGAAAAACGAGUACUGAUUUUUCGAUAUGCAACCUAUGUAUGCAGGAGAGUGUGUUGUAAUUUGGUAGUAUAUGCAAGAAAGUAGUACUGCUAUAUGAGUUAAUAAUUAUAGUAGUAGCAAAUUUUCUCAAAUUCAGCUGAAAAUAUGAUUUUUGGCUCUUUGUACAAUCAAGUUCAUUGUAGCAGUGGCCAGAGUGCUCGUUAAUGAUCGAAUCUAUCUUGAUUUUUAAGAUUUUAUCAAUUUUAUCUCAA